AUGGAUCUUGCAAAUCUCCUCUCAGCCCCGAAACCGGCGGCUCUGAUCACACCGGCCUAUACGCCUGCCUCUUCGUAUACCCCAUCCACUGGCAGCUACUUUCCUCCCACCACCACCCCAGCACAGAAGCGUUCGCCCCCUCAACAGCCCCCAAUGUCUCCGCCAGUCGACGAGCAGCAACCAAAAUCCAAGUGCUCGCUCCCCUCCAUCUCGACUCUGCUCGAGAAGGCAGAUGGCCAGCACGCUGCCAAGCGUCAACGCCUCAGCCCCCCAACACAAGCCGUCCGUUUAGGCCGCUCGCAGUCCUAUGACGUCUGCCUGCCCCCAACGCCGCCAAUGCGGCCUGGCUCCGGCAUCAGAAGCCACAGCCACUCGCCUGGCGAUCUAGCCCUGAACUUGAAGCAGGAGUCGCAGCACCGCCAACCACCCUCCGAGCGCUCCUCUAUCUCCAGCCAGGCCUCAUCGACUCACCACGCCGCCACCGCUGCAGGUGCAUAUGCCUCGCCUGCACCGAGCGUCUCCUCGUACACAUCGCCCGUUGAUGGCCCACCCCAAGGCGCGGGAAUGUAUUACCCGCGGCCACCGGCAACAGCAACCUUCCAGCCCGUCGUCACCACCGGCCCGGCGCCGGCACUGUCACGGCAAAUGCCAAUGGCAAUGCCUCUCUCCCAACCGCCGCAAUCCUCCAACUCCUCGGCUACUACUGGCGUCAUCUCCCCCGGCACACCUGCCUGGCAACACCACCACUACUUCCCUCCCUCCAGCAGCGCGCCCUACCAGCAGACCCACGACCGCUACAUCUGCCGCACAUGCCACAAGGCAUUCUCGCGCCCUUCCUCGCUGCGCAUCCACUCCCACUCUCACACUGGCGAGAAGCCCUUCCAGUGCACGCAUGCUGGGUGCGGCAAGGCGUUCAGUGUGCGCUCCAACAUGAAGCGUCAUGAGCGCGGAUGUCAUUCUGGGAGACCUGUUACUGUUGCUGGUUCCGUGGCGCAGCCACUUGUUGUUUGA